GCUCUCCACCCGCGUCUCCCAUUCCAGGUCCUGGACGCCGCGGGGCUGCACCCUCCGUCGGAUCCUGGCCAGUACCUCGCGACCCUGCUCGGCGCGGCUCUUGGGGUCCCGCGCGGCGGGCGUGGGAAGGGCGCCGGCGCCCCGCCCCCGCCUCUAUGACGUCGGCGCCGGAACCUGGAAUCCCGGCUCCCGGAGGGAAGGCCGGGAGGCGGCGGUAGCUGCCGGAGCCGGUCUCUGGCGGUCUCUCGGGGGUGCGGGGCGCAGUCAUGAGCGAGUCCAGUAUCAGUGCGCUCCCGCCCGGCAGGCCCAGCAGGCAGCCCUUCAUCCACCAAGAGAGCCUCUCUUUGGACUCCAGUUGCUUUUCAUCGCCACCUGUGAAUUUCCUUCAAGAAUUGCCAAGUUACCGCUCCAUUGCUCGUAAGAGGACAACCAUCCUUUCCCGGGACAAGCAAAGUGGCACUUUGCUGAAGCCAACAGACUCUUACAAUUUCCAACUGGAGGGAGAACUCACUGAAGACCUUGAUAGCCAAUCCAUUCGAAAAUAUGCACUGAACAUUUCUGAGAAGCGGAGACUAAGGGACAUUCAGGAGACCCAAAUGAAGUACCUGUCUGAGUGGGACCAGUGGAAACGGUAUAGCAGCAAGUCUUGGAAGAGGUUCAUAGAGAAGGCUCGCGAGAUGACGACCCACCUGGAGCUGUGGCGGGAGGACAUUCGCAGCAUAGAAGGGAAAUUUGGCACUGGGAUUCAGUCCUACUUCUCCUUCUUACGAUUUCUGGUGUUGCUGAAUUUGGUGAUAUUUCUGAUCAUCUUUAUGGUGGUUUUGCUCCCAGUCUUGCUCACCACAUACAAGAUCACCAACAGCAGCUUUAUUCUCAUUCCAUCUCAAGACGUGGAUAUUCAAUGCACAGUGUAUCCAAUAAGUAGUUCUGGACUCAUUUACUUUUACAGUUAUAUCAUAGACUUACUUUCUGGCACUGGUUUCCUGGAGGAUACCUACCUCUUUUAUGGACAUUACACCAUUGAUGGGGUGAAAUUUCAGAAUUUCACCUAUGAUCUGCCUCUGGCUUAUUUGUUAAGCACAAUUGCCUACCUGGCUCUGAGCCUUGUUUGGAUAGUGAAAAGGUCGGUGGAAGGGUUCAAAAUCAACCUGAUCCGAAGUGAGGAGCACUUCCAGAGUUACUGCAACAAGGUCUUUGCCGGCUGGGACUUCUGCAUCACCAACCGCAGCAUGGCGGACCUGAAGCACAGCAGCCUGCGCUAUGAGCUCCGGGCAGAUCUGGAGGAGGAAAGAAUACGGCAAAAAAUAGCAGAAAGGACUUCAGAAGAAACGAUACGAAUUUACUCUUUGAGACUAUUUUUGAACUGUAUUGUGCUGGCUGUUUUAGCAGCAUGCUUUUAUGCUAUCUACAGAGCGACUAUAUUCUCUCAAGAACACAUGAAAAAAGAAAUUGACAAGAUGGUUUUUGGAGAGAACCUCUUGAUUCUGUACCUGCCUUCUAUUGUGAUCACGCUGGCCAAUUUUAUCACCCCGAUAAUCUUUGCCAAGAUCAUCCACUAUGAGGAUUAUUCCCCAGGCUUUGAGAUCCGGCUGACAAUCCUUAGGUGCGUCUUCAUGCGGCUGGCCACCAUCUGUGUGCUGGUGUUCACCCUGGGCUCCAAGAUUACAUCCUGUGACAACUACUUGUGUGAGCUCUGUGGCUACAACCAGAAACUCUAUCCGUGCUGGGAGACCCAAGUUGGGCAGGAAAUGUACAAGCUGAUGAUCUUUGACCUCAUCAUCAUCCUGGCUGUGACACUUUUUGUGGAUUUUCCUAGAAAGAUCCUGGUGACCUACUGUUCCUCCUGGAAGCUUUUUCAGUGCUGGGGAGAGCAGGAGUUUGCUAUCCCUGAUAAUGUUCUGGGAAUUGUUUACGGGCAAACCAUUUGCUGGAUUGGAGCCUUUUUCUCACCCCUUCUUCCUGCAAUUGCAACCUUAAAGUUCAUUAUCAUCUUUUAUGUGAAAGAGAUAAGUCUUCUUUAUACCUGCAGACCCUCUCCGAGGCAGUUCAGAGCAUCCAAUUCUAAUUUCUUCUUCCUGUUGGUGUUGCUGAUUGGACUGUGCUUGGCAAUUAUACCUCUGACAAUCAGCAUGGCACGCAUCCCGUCCUCCAAAGCCUGCGGGCCGUUCACCAACUUCAACACCACCUGGGAGGUGGUCCCCAAGACAGUGAGCACCUUCCCCAACUCGCUGCAGACUCUGGUUUAUGGCAUCACUUCGGAAGCCUUCGCAGUGCCUUUUUUCAUGAUCAUCUGCCUCAUUAUGUUUUACUUCAUCGCCCUAGCCGGAGCACACAAGCGGGUGGUCGUCCAGCUCCGAGAGCAGCUGAACCUGGAAAGUCGUGACAAGCGUUAUCUAAUCCAGAAACUCACAGAAGCCCAGAGGGAUCUGAGGAACCGGCUAGACUGACGGGGAGAUGCUGCCGCCUGUGGCUUACAGGCUGGCCUGGUGACCUACCAGCCUACAAUAUCUGUCGGGGAUUUUAGCGGAAAUUUUAAAAUACAUUUUUCUGGAGUUUGGGCCUUUCCUGAAAGUGGCUCCAUACGUGCAGCUCCAGUGGCCGUGUUUACAUUAACAGGUCCCUGUCCUUAGGGCAUUAGUAAAGCAGAUUCAAAACCAUGUCUUCUGCCUGUAACCCAGCAGCUCAGGGGCAACUUAACCAAAACACUGACUUUGAAGCUUUUCAACUGAAAUUGAGGAGAGACCACUCAUGUUUUUACAAGCUCACUUGUAUCGUCUUUUAAAGUUAACUGUGGAGGUCAUCAGUCCAUGAGCCUGGGUUCGUUCUUUUGAACCAGGUUUUGGGGGUUUAGGCUGAGAGGUGUUCCCUUAAGAAGCAGUGACUCUUGUGAAUGGUUCUGUAUACUUAAAAUGCAGAAACCCUGGAAUCAUGAUGUUUGAAACAGGUGGUGGAGCAUGGAGAGGAUGGUUAUGUAAUUUCAGUAAUGUGGUAAUAUGUAAUAUGAGAGUAAUACUGUAUGACAGAGAAAAGCCCUUCCUGCCGUGUGAAUAAGGAAGGCCCCGAGGGCCUUGGAUUGAGCCCGUGAUGGGGGAGCAGCCACAGCUUGGUAGCCUGGAUUUCAUAGCUUCCUGGGCAUGUUGCUGCAGCCUCAUUACUCAGGGGAAGCUGCUUUAAGGGCCUGGAUAGUCACAACCUUCCAUUCCCUUCUGGUCCUGGGUUUGGAGAUUUGGCAGAGGGUUCUGUGCCAUCAAGAUUAAGAGGCAGAGUGCAUCUCGCUCUGCCAAAGGCCGCGUCCCUUCCUGCACUGAGCUCUCUGAAUGUCACUUCACGAUUCGGAGCCAGGCUGGAAGGGGCUGUUGAGUGUUUGAGUGUUGGGGGCACGUGGGCUGCAGCAUCAGGCCAGCCUUUGGCAGUGUACCCAACCAGACCGAAUGCUGGAGCUUUUAAAUGUACGUAUGCAUAGUUUUAAGGGCUCUUGUUUUUCUUGUGCUUAAAAUUUUUAAUUUCAUUUUACAAAAUAUGUAGAUAUCUCUUAAGACUUCUGUUACCAUAAAAACCUUAUGCAAUGAAUACCUCAGUAUAAGCUUACCUGAAAUUAAUAGCUUUAAACCCUUUCACAUAAGCCUUGAUUAUAGUUUAAUCAGUUUUCAUUCUAAUACCUUCAGAAUCUUUUCCAAAGUACUGUAGUUUUGUAAUGGACUGUCUGUGCCCUCCUUCUCAUGUUUUCCUUCCUUUCACUGGCUCAUUAAACCUUUCCUUGGGUUUGCCUGGCAUGUAAAGGUGGGUGCAGGUUUUAGAAAGCUGCUGUUAUAAAGACUAUUUCCCACCCCCAGGACUCUCCCAUUACUCAAAAAUGAUUCACUCCUUGCUCUUAGAAACAAAGCAAGCUCACCAUAGUUAACACAAGUCUAUCUACUUGUCCCUUUGCCAGACUUUUUUUUUUUUUGCUCUUCUACAGUUAGUAUUAACACAGGGUAUUUUUAAAAACUAUAAAACUGAUGAGCUUUUUAAGCUUUUCAUACCUUUUUAAGGUUUAUGAAUAUUUCAGUCUAAUAACUAGUAUGGAAUUUUGAACAAAUGAAAGUUCAUUCCAUCCUCACUUAAAAAAUUCUAAAUUGUUGGCAUUUUUGCCUAAAGAAUUUAUAUGUAGCGCAUUCUUGCCUUCAGCAUGCUUCUGAGAACAGUCAAGUAUUCUGUGCAGCGUGUGUGUGUUUGUGUAUGUGUGUGUUGGAAGCUCUGUUUUCUUUCCCUGUUACUAUACUGAAAUAUGCUAAUAUAUUCAUCUUAGGUAAAUGCUGCUAAUUUGCAUACUUCAUACUUGAAUUUUUUAAUAUUUUGAUAAUUUUAAUAACUGCAGGAGAUGUCUGUAUAAUUGUUAAAGUGCAGCUCUCUCUAACAAAUGUGCAUUAAAACUACUGAUUAAACUGUAUCUUGAAGGUUUUAAAA